AAACUAUGACUGCAGAGGAAGAGUCGAUUGAACAGGCUGCUAUUGCUCGUAGAGAGAGGUUAAAAGCUCUGAAGGAAGCUAAUGAACUGCUCAGCAAGCCUGAUGAUAAUCCUCCUCAGGAGGAAGACAAUGAUGAAGGUGUUGAAUCUGAAGAGGAGGUGAAGUUUAGGAACUAUCUACCACAUGAUAAGCAACUUCAAGAGAAUAAGCUUGCUCCUCCUGUCUUACCCAAGUUUGAAGACCCAGCUUCUUCUACACCUGCUGCACCACUAGAUAUAGCUGCGGAUCCUUUCAUAAACAUAGCACCAAAGAAACCGAAUUGGGAUCUCCGCAGAGACAUCCAAAAGAAGCUGGAUAAGCUUGAAAAGCGAACUCAGAAGGCUCUAUAUGAGAUCAUGAGAGAACAAGAGCAGCAGGAACUGGCCUCUGCUGGAGAGAAUGGUGAAGAAUCUGAGCGAACUGGGGAGUGAGAGUGCAGGCUUUAUUUAUGUUGGUUUUCCUUUGGACAUUUUCCAAGCUUUGUAAC